AUGUUUGUUUGUAAACAAUGGUAUCGUAUAUUGUCUGAUGUUCGAAAAUGGCGUUUAUCAACAUUUUAUUCAUCCUUUUCUGACUCCCCGCCACAUAUUCAUUGGCGUAUUUACGAUACACCAUUAAGACUGAAUAUCACGCCUCGUUUCAAUCAUGCAGUAUGUUAUGUUGACUCAUAUUAUAUGUACGUAUUUGGUGGAAAUCGUGAUAUUCUUACAACGCUCAAUGAUUUUUGGAGAUUUGAUAUAUCAACAAGGAUGUGGGAACGAAUAUUGGCUACAGGCACAUAUCCACCGCCCAAAUCAGCAGCUACAUUCAUUGAAUUUGAACAACAACUUUAUUUAUAUGGAGGAAAAUCAAUGAUUCACGUUGAUGACGUUCAUGUACGACAACAGCAACACAGCGAAUUACACAUCUAUUCUCUUGAUCGUAAUUGUUGGUAUUUGCAAUCUUCGAUAAAUGAUCCUGGUGGUAUUGCCGAUCAUAGUGCCUCAGUUCUCAAUCGUUCAAUGAUAGUAUUUGGCGGUCUACUUGAGAGUAGACGGCAAAAAUCAAAUGAAUUAUACGAAUAUAAGUUUGAUGAAAAGUCGUGGACAAAAGUCGACGUUAACGGCGUGAAACCAGAACCUAGACAAGGUCAGUCUCAAUGUACAUAUAAUAAUGAUUAUAUACUAAUUAUUGGAGGAUGUAUUGGAGUUGUUAACCCUUCGUCGUCGCCGGCUCGUGCUGUAUGGUUAUUUUGUUAUUCUGUGCGACAAUGGACGCAAAUUAUAGUUCAAAAUUUCGAUUUUUGUCCAGAGGAAAUAGCAUCGAUACCUACGUGUAUUUUACCCAACAAACAGUAUGCCGUUACAUUUGGUAGAUGCAAAAGAAUUCCUUCGAUUCAAACAUGUUUAAAAUAUAGUCAGUACGAUUUCAGUACAUCACGAAUAACAGUAGAACAAGAAGAACACCCACAUUCACUCGUUCGACUCAUACCAAGUAGCUCGAGUGAUGAAUGUUCAUCAGCUGGAGAAGAACAACAAAAUACAACAACAAGCACAUCAUCAGCUUGUCUUCGUCAACGUGGUAAACCAUCGAUUCGUUUCAAUGCAUCUAAAAAUCGUGAAAAACAACUGUUAUCAUUACAACGAAUGGAAGAUCGCUUAAAAACAUUACGUACUCAUCCUUAUCCCACUACUCAAUUACCUACAAAUAAGCCUUCAACAGUUGAGCCUCGUCAUCAACAACAACAACAAAAUUAUAAUUUAUUUGAAGUAAUAAACGGUUUACAAAUGUUUGUAUUAGAUUUGAGAAAUGUUAUUACUGAUCGAACGUGUCAAUGGAAACCAAUAUCAACAUUGAGUGUUCUAGGCAGUCCUAGAUCUGUUAUUUCUUAUUCGCUGAUAUGUGCUCGAUCAGAAUUAAUUCUAUUUGGUGGUGUUGAAACAAAACGAACAAUACAACAUCAGACGCUACAUCAAAAAGGAGAACGUCCAAAACCGUCAAAAGGAUGUCUUUGUUUUAUAACAAGUUCUCAGAUCGCAUUAUGA